CUAUAUCUCCCUGCAUUUAGGUUUUUACUUGUUUACUCUCCUCUCGCCUCGCUUCACAAGUCACACACCACACACAGUUCAUCUCCAAUGGCGCCCAAGACACAGAGAGUGACACGUAACCCGGAAUUGAUCCGUGGGGUCCGAAAGUACUCACGUUCUCAGAUGUACCACAAGAGGGGACUCUGGGCUAUCAAGGCCAAGAACGGAGGCAAAUUCCCAACCCACGAAAAGAAAUCUGUAGCUGCUGAGCCAGCCGCCGAGAAGGCUCCCAAAUUCUACCCUGCUGAUGAAGUCAAGAAGCCGCUUUCCAACAAGCGCAAGCACAAGCCCACAAAACUUAGGGCAAGCAUUACUCCAGGGACAGUGUUGAUCAUAUUGACUGGAAGAUUUAAGGGGAAGCGUGUUGUUUUCUUGAAGCAGCUUGCUUCUGGAUUGUUGCUUGUUACCGGUUAGUGUCCUUAUAUAUAAAUAUUUGCUUUCUU